AUGAAAAACUCAUCGGUUAUGUCAACAGUCAUACUUCAGGCCCUAUACAGAAUGGAGGACCUUAAAAACCUUUACUUCAUGAUCUUUUUAAUUUUAUACAUGUUUAUACUUUUUGCUAACACCACUGUGAUUUUUAUCAUAAUUAUUGACAAAGCACUUCAUAAACCUAUGCACUUCUUUCUCUGCAAUUUGGCAGUAAAUGGCAUCUAUGGUGGCACAGCUUUGUUGCCCCCCUUGCUGAGUACUUUAAUGUCUCCAUCUCAUGAGGUAUCUUUGGCAUUUUGUAAAGCUCAAGUAUACUUCCUGCACACAUAUGCUAUCACAGAAUUUACCAUUCUGUCAGUGAUGUGCUAUGAUCGUUAUGUGGCCAUCUGCUACCCACUGCAGUAUCACAGUAUUAUGACAAUCACGAAAGUGUAUCAGCUGAUUGCCUUCUCAUGGGGAUAUCCGUUGGUGGCAUUUGCUUUGUUUUUUAUUCUGACCCUUCGUUUAACAAUCUGUCAAAACAUUAUAGGGAAAGUGCACUGCUCAAACUAUUCUCUUGUCAAACUGUCCUGUGAUGACACCUAUGUUGUGAAUGUUAUUGGAUUGCUUUCUGUUGUUGUAUACACUAUUCCUCAGCUUGCAAUGACCCUCUAUUCAUAUGGACAUAUUCUAAAAAUAUGCUUUACUGCCACUACAGAGUCUAAAAUAAAAGCACUAAAGACGUGCAUUCCACAUUUAUUUGCAAUAUUAAACUACAGUGUGGGUUGUUUUUUUGAAAUUGUACAAAGUCGCUUUGACACAAGUUAUCUUCCCUUUGGAACACAAAUAUUUAUGUCACUGUAUUUCUUGAUAUUUCCGCCUAUUCUGAAUCCAGCCAUUUAUGGGUUAAGCAUUCGGGCUUUAAGAGCAAAUAUAUUUAGAGUGUUUUGUUCUACAAAUAAGUCAUUGCCUAAAGUAAGAACUUUGUGA